AUGAAAUGCGUUGCGACAACCAUAGCAUUUGCUUGUCUAGUUCUACUCGUAACAGCCGAGAUCAAAAUUCUGUACCCAUCAUCAGCGUAUUGGCUAGUAUCCAAUACGACCGCAGUCCUGCUAUGGGAUUCAACCGACCCAACUAAUGACCUACCGACCUUUUCUAAUGUUCCUGACUUGACAAAUUACGCUUUAGCCAAUAACGUAAUCACUGCAACAAAAAAUUGCUCAAUUUUCGUGCCAAACUUUAUGAACUCUGAUGUACAGCAAGGUUACAAAAUCACUUUUACAAAUAUCGGCAACAUUUCAAAUGUUGUGGCUACAUCAGAACCAUUUGAUAUCAAACCUGCCGGCCCACCAUCUACUUAUGCGCCGCCUGGACCCACUACUACUACGACACCGCCAGCAGCCACCACCACAGGUGCAGGCAAUAAUGCAAAUAAUACCACAAACAAUAAUACCAAGCCAAGCAGUUCAAUAACAUUGAGUCCAAGAGCGUGUUUGAAUGCUCUGUUUGUUAUUGCGGCUCUACUACUGUCUUAUUAA